AUGUCUUGGUUUCAAGUACUGACAGCAGUUGCGCUUUCGACCGGUGCAUUUGCGGCACCGCAUGUCCUUCAUGAGCGGCGACAUGUACCACUUAAGUCUUACGCGAGGGAACGAGUCCAACCACACGCGAUCAUUCCUGUGCGGAUUGGCCUCAAGCAAAGCAAUUUGGACUCUGGAUAUGAUCGAUUGAUGGAGGUCUCUCACCCGACUUCGUCCAACUAUGGCAAACACUUGUCAGCGCAAGAGGUUCAUGAUUUGUUUGCGCCUGCCAAUGAGACCCUCGAUGCUGUUCUGAACUGGCUGGGUGAUGCGGGUUUUGAUGAGAACGAUGUGGUUCACUACGAGAAUCGAGGCUGGCUCGCUAUCGAUAUGCCCGCUGAGACCGCCGAACGAUUGCUGUCAACAGAAUACUACGAGCACACCUUCUCCGACAACUCCAGAAUUGGCUGCGAUCAGUACUACCUUCCAGCCCACAUCUCACCCCACGUCGACUUCAUCAAGCCAGGCGUCAAGCUUUCUCCUCCCGUAAAGAAGCGAACACUGGAAGCGCGAGGAUUCGGAGGGCGUGGACGAGGAGGACCUUGGCCACCAGGUCCGCCACACGUCGGACCAAAUCCAUUCCCGCAUUGGAGACCUCCACCAGGAUCCGGACACUUGCCAAAAGACCUGCAGAACUGCAGCGUGCUCGUCACGCCGAACUGUCUCAAGGCGCUGUACAACAUCCCACAGGCGAAAUACAGCGACCCGUCGAAUGUUAUGGGCGUCUACGAGACGAGCGAUGCGUUCUCCGUUCAGGACUUGCAGCUGUACUUCCAGAAAUUCGUCCCAUACAUUCCGCAGGGAACUUCGCCCUCGGUUGUGUCUGUUGAUGGAGGCGUUGCUCCCGUGGCUCCGGGGGAUGCGCGGAAUGGCGGCGAGUCCGAUCUCGACAUUGACCUGUCGUAUGCGAUUGUCUAUCCGCAGAAGGUUACGGUCUAUCAGGUGGACGAUCCUCCGAAUGCUUCAGGCCAGUACGGAAAAGCUGGAUUCUUGAAUACGUUCUUUGAUAGUAUUGACGGGAGUUACUGCAAUUAUACGGCCUAUGGCAUCACUGGUGACAGUCCAGACGUCGACGCAACCUACCCAGAUCCCGCAGCAGACGGCUACAAAGGCCAACGCCAAUGCGGCACCUACCAACUCACCAGAGUCGUGAGCAUCUCGUACGGCGAAGCGGAGAUCGACCUCCCCAAAGCCUACGUCGAGCGCCAAUGCAACGAGAUCAUGAAGCUCGGUCUGCAAGGCCACUCGAUCAUGGUUGCCUCUGGCGAUUACGGGGUGGCUUCUUUCCCCGGCUCGGAUAAUGAUACGUAUGGCUGUUAUUCGGCUAAUGGACAGCACGGCACGAUCUACAACCCUGAUUAUCCUUCGGGGUGUCCGUACAUCACUGCGGUCGGCGGGACGAGGCUGUAUCCUGGACAGACGAUUGAGGACCCGGAGAGUGCGAUGCAGGUCAAUCUCACUGCGGUGCAUAUUGCGGAGGGACGGCCGCCGGGCAAUCCGGUUCUGGCGCUAUUCGCCACGGGUGGCGGGUUUUCUAACUACUUCAAACCUCCCUCGUACCAGGCGAGGGCGGUCUCGCAAUACCUGGCUGCACAUGCUCCGGACGUUCCUUCCUACGUCGUCAAUUCGGACGCUUCGAAUGUUGGGGCGAAUGGAGGCGUGUACAAUCGUGCUGGGAGGGGGUAUCCAGAUGUCUCAACCAACGGCGCCUUCCAGCCCUUUUUCGUCAACCUCACGCAAGAGACCUACUUCGGCACCAGCUUGUCCUCUCCGAUCUUUGGAUCAAUCAUCACUCUCAUCAACGAAGAAAGAACAGCUGCCGGAAAGGGACCAGUCGGUUUCGUGAACCCAGUGCUUUAUCAGCACCCGGAGGUCCUGCACGACAUCACGAAUGGAUCGAACCCCAACUGCGGCUCUUCCGGGUUCUCGGCCUCGACUGGCUGGGAUCCUGUCACUGGGUUGGGCACGCCGAACUAUCCUGCUAUGCUGCGGCUGUUCUUGAGCUUGCCAUAA